AUGAUGAAGACCAAUGCUAAUUCUGAUCCUCGUUCGAGGCUGAAGUGGGACAUAUUCCUCAGUUUUCAGAGAGACAGAAGCCACAGUUUCACGGAUCGUCUCUAUGAAGCGCUCAUCAAGGCACAAGUCCGGGUAUGGAACCAUGACGUUGAACGCAAGGAUCAGGAGCUCGGUCCAAGUCUUGUGGAGGCUAUGGAGGAUUCAGUGGCUUUCAUCGUCAUCUUAUCACCUGACUAUGCCAAGUCUCACUGGUGCCUUGAAGAAUUAGCCAAGCUCUGCGAUAUGAGAUCAUCGCUAGGUCGUCCGCUAUUACCGAUCUUUUACGAGGUUGAUCCAUGGCAUUUUCGGAAACAGAAUCCUUACGAAAAGGAUUUUGAAGAACAUGCCAAAAUAUUUGGCGAGGAGGAGGUACAAAGAUGGAGGGGAGCUAUGAGUGUAAUCGGACAUAUCUCCGGAUUUGUUUACAGAAAAGACUCUGUUGAUGAUGAGAUGAUAGGCCUCUUGGUGAAAAGGGUUUUAUCUGAAGUAAGCAACACACCAGAGAACGUUGGAGAAUACACCGUUGGCUUGGAUUCACGUGUCGAUGAUUUGAUGAAUCUUAUCAACGUUAAAUCCACCUCUGACGUUCAAAUCCUGGGACUUCACGGUAUGGGUGGUAUUGGGAAGACGACACUUGCAAAAGCCUUCUAUAACAAGAUUGUUGCAGACUUCGAGCACCGAGUUUUCAUCUCAAACGUAAGAGAGAGAUCAUCAGACCAUGAUGGCUUACUCAACCUACAAAAGACUUUGAUCAAGGGGCUUCUCCGUUUGGUACCUGAAGUAGAAGAUGUUAACCAAGGCCGAAACAAGAUAAGAGAGAGUGUUUUUGAGAAGAAGAUUCUUGUGGUUUUAGAUGAUGUUGAUAAGGCAGACCAGGUUGAUGCAUUGGUUGGUGAGAGGAGUUGGUAUAGUGAAGGAACUCUUAUAGUCAUCACUACCAGAGAUGAAAAGAUUCUGAGUAAGCUCUUAGUGAAGCAACGGUAUGAAGUCAGGUGUUUGAAUGAGGAGCAGGCCUUGAAGCUGUUUAGUUACCAUUCUCUACGGAAAGAAAAACCAACAGAGGGUUUAUUAGAGCUGUCCAAGAAGAUUGUCAAAAUAUCAGGUUUAUUACCACUAGCACUUGAAGUAUUUGGUUCUCUUUUGUAUGACAAGAAGGAAGAAAAAGAAUGGCAAACUCAACUAGAGAAGCUCAAAAAUACUCAACCAGGCAAUCUUCAGGAUGUUCUGAAGCUGAGUUUUGAUUCUCUAGACGAUGAAGAGAAGAAAGUGUUCCUAGACAUUGCGUGUCUCUUUCUUAAAAUGCAGAUAACUAAAGAGGAAAUUGUUGAUGUAUUAAACGGUUGUGGGUUUAACGCUGAAGCUGCUCUCAGUGUUCUCAGACAGAAGUCUCUUGUUAAGUUCAUAUCAGACAAUCAUCUUUGGAUGCAUGAUCAGAUUAGAGACAUGGGAAGGCAGUUAGACCUUAAAGAAACCCCUGGGGAUACUAGAAUGAGAAGUAGACUUUGGGACCGUGCUGAGAUCAUGACUGUAUUGAACAAUGUGAAGGAGACAUCAUCUAUCCAAGGAAUUGUACUUGACUUUAAUAAAGUAGGAACGGAUCGGAGUGCAGAGAACACUGCGUUGAGGAAUCUACAUGAAAAAACAGGCAUCACAACUGUGUUUAGUUACUUGAAGAAUAAGGUUUUAGGAUUUCCAUCAGAGGAAAAGCCAAAAACCACUGAGAUCACCAUUCCUGUAGAGCCUUUUGCACCAAUGACAAAGUUGAGACUUCUUCAGGUUAAUCAUGUGGAGCUUGCAGGAGAUCUUAAACUUCUUCCAUCUGAACUCAAGUGGAUGCAGUGGAGAGGCUGUCCAUUAAAAGUUGUUCCACUGAAUCUUCUUGCUGGGCAACUUGCUGUUCUUGAUCUUGCAGAGAGUGGUAUUAGAAGCAUCCAGAGUUCGCGUAGCAGAGGGGUGGAUGGGAACUUGAAGGUUGUCAAUUUGCGUGGUUGCCACAGCUUAGAAGCCAUUCCUGAUUUAUCAAACCAUAAGUCCCUACAGAAGCUUGUCUUUGAACGGUGCAUGCGUCUGGUGGAAGUUCCUAGAUCAGUUGGUACCUUGAGAGCAUUACUUCACCUGGAUUUCAGAAACUGUCCAAACCUCACUGAGUUUCUUGAGGAUGUUUCUGGACUGAAGAGUCUUGAAAAGCUCUACCUCUCUGGCUGUUCAAAUCUGAGUGUGUUACCAGAAAACAUCGGUUCCAUGCCAUGUUUGAAAGAGCUUCUUCUUGAUAAAACUGGGAUAAACGAGUUACCAGAAUCGAUUUUCCGCCUUGAAAAUCUUCAAAAGCUUAGCUUAAAGAGCUGCAGAUCUAUUCAAGAGCUACCUGAGGGCAUAGGAAUGUUGACAUCACUGGAGGAGCUAGAUCUUAGUAGCACUUCACUGCAAAGUCUUCCGAAUUCUAUUGGAUAUCUAAAAAAUCUCCAGAAGCUGAGUUUGAUGCACUGUGGAUCCCUUUCUAAGAUACCUGACGCUAUCAAUGAGCUCAGAUCAUUGAAGAAACUAUUCAUCUACGGAAGUGCAGUGGAGGAGCUACCUCAAAGCCUAGGCUCACUGCCAUGUUUGACUGACUUUUCAGCAGGAGGAUGCAAACUUCUGAACCAUCUUCCAAGUUCUAUUGGUGGGUUAAAUUCUCUUAUAGAACUUGACCUGGAUUGGACACCAAUUAAGACUCUACCAGAGGAGAUUGGUGACUUGCACUUUAUCCAAAAGCUUGCGUUGAGGAACUGCAAGUCUCUCAAGGUUCUUCCUGAAUCAAUAGGAAACAUGGACACACUCCAUAGCUUGUUCCUUACUGGGUCCAACAUUGAGAGACUUCCUGAAACUUUUGGCAAGCUUGAAAACCUAGUCUUACUCCGAAUGAACAACUGUAAAAUGAUCAAGAGGCUUCCUGAAUCAUUUGGAGACUUGAAGUCGCUUCACCAUCUGUACAUGAAGGAAACUUCAGUGCUAGAGCUGCCAGAAAGUUUUGGAAACCUCUCAAAUCUAAGGGUGUUGCAUAUACUGAAGAAGCCUCUCUUUAGAAGUUCUCCAGGUACAAGUGAAGAACCUAGUUUUGUUGAAGUACCAAACUCUUUCUCAAACCUCUUGUUGCUUGAGGAAGUGGAUGCUAGAGGUUGGGGAAUAUGUGGUAAAGUCCCUGAUGGUCUUGGGAAGCUUACAUCUCUUAAGAAACUAGAACUAGGGAAUAACUAUUUUCACAGUCUUCCAUCUAGCCUUGAGGGGCUGUCAAAUCUCAGCAAAUUUACAUUGUAUGACUGCCAAGAGCUGAAGUGUGUCCCCCCUCUUCCAUGUAACUUGGAGGAGCUAAACCUGGCAAACUGCUUUUCAUUGGAGAGUAUAUCCGACCUCUCAAAGCUGCAGAUCUUGGAUGAGCUCAAUCUCACAAACUGUGGGAAAGUGGAUGAUGUUCCAGGCCUAGAGCACUUGACGGCUCUGAAAAGAUUAUACAUGAGCGGCUGUAACUCUAGGUUCUCUGUUGCAGUAAAGAAUAGACUUUCCAAGGCUUCAUUGAAAAUGAUGAAGAAUCUGAGCUUACCUGGGAACAGAAUCCCUGACUGGUUCUCACAAGACCCACUCACAUUCUCUCCUCAACCCAACAGAGAGCUCAGAGGUGUAAUCCUGGCCGUUGUUGUGGCUCUUAACCAAGACUGCAUAGAUGACUACCAGCUGCCUGAUGUGCUGGAGGUUCAAGCCCAAAUUCUAAAACUUGAUCAACCCUUAUACACCCACACAUUGCACCUCUCUGGAGUGCCUAGAACAAGUGAUGAUCAACUCCAUAUCUGCAGAUACCCAGCUUUGCACCCAAUGGUUUGGACGUUUAAAGACGGGUACACCAUACAAGUUGUUAAACGAGAGCCACCAAUCAAAGAAGGUGUUGAGCUAAAGAUGCAUGGGAUUCAUCUAGUUUAUGAAGGGGAUGAUGAUUUUAAAGGUGAAGAACAUCUAUUGAAAGAGACACAGCUCACUGUUUCUCAGAAGCUUGCCAAUUUUUUCAGAUCUUUUGAAGAAGGUGAAGCCAGCUCAAUAAGUGAAUCUGCUUGAUACUCUAACAUGGUACAGUCUCUCUCAUUAUUGUAAUGGAUGGUGUGGACAAGUUUAUAUGAUUGGUGUUUUUAACUUUGUGGAAGUUUGAAAAAUAGUCUUUCAUAUUUGUGUGAUAAUUAAACCAUACAAUAUUAUUAUGUUGAUGUUAUGGUGUGAAUUGUGAAAUGAUUGACAUCAUUGU